GAGGAAGACAUAAGACUGAAAAAGAAGAAACGAAUAAAGACAAGAGUCAUAGAAACCGACGACAGAGGAAGGAUUGUACAAAAGAAUUCGCCGUCUUGAGCGCACGCAAUAAAAAACAGAGACAGAAGCAGCCAACUUUCAAUCCCAUCUCUUAGAAAUUCCCUAUUUCCCACUGUUUCCCUCUUUUUCUCGAAAAAUUUUCCAUAUGGGUAUCUUUUAAUUUGCUUCCUAUCAAAUGGGUUUGCUUUAGAAUCCAUCAAGAUGCAGUGGUUGAGUCCAUAAUAGAUUUCGCUGAUUGCCUCCAGAAAUGGCUCUGAAAAUAGGAUCCUCUUCAUUGUCUUGCGUGCCCACAUCUCUUUCUUCUCCGUACCGUCGCAGGACAAGUUGGAAAAGUUCGCAGCUGGGCUUACCAUAUGGAUCGUAUGAAUGCAAGCAAUGGGAAUUGCAGCAGCAGAGAAAUGUGAAAGUUAAAUCAUCCCAGUUUAUAUGUGAAACGAUGAUGUUGAAGGGGAGACCUCCAAAAAGGCAAUUUAUUCUCUUUGCGACUUCUGAAGAUCAGCUGUCAUACAGCGACAUAAGCUCAGAUGAUUUGGAGCAAGAAAAGCACCAUCCUAAAGCUGAAAAUCACUCCCCUGUAAGCCGUUCGCAUUACCUUUUUGGGAAUACUGCUGGAAAACCAGGUUUAAUCUCUUUUUACAAUCCUCAUUACAAAAAAGAGGAUGAGCUUCUCUUAUCUGGUCCACAAAGGAAUCAAAGCAACCUCCUAUGGUUUGUUGGUCCUGUUGUUCUUGUAGCCUCCUUCAUUUUUCCCUCACUUUAUUUGCGCAGAAUACUCUCCAGUAUAUUUGAGGACUCUCUUUUAACAGAUUUCCUCAUAUUGUUCUUCACAGAGGCUCUUUUCUAUUGUGGGGUUGCUGUUUUUCUUCUGCUUAUAGACUGUUUACGAAGGCCUAUUGAGCCACUUUCUUUCUCAAAUGUUGACAGAACCACCCCACAAUUGGCAUUCCGAAUUUCUUCUGUUGCUACUUUGGCACUUAGUCUAAUAAUUCCCAUGGUUACAAUGGGUUUUGUAUGGCCAUGGACAGGCCCUGCAGCUUCUGCAACUCUUGCCCCAUACCUGGUUGGCAUCGUUGUGCAGUUUGCAUUUGAGCAGUAUGCAAGACACCUGAAGUCACCUUCUUGGCCUGUUAUCCCCAUUAUCUUCCAAGUUUAUAGAUUACACCAACUGAACAGGGCUGCCCAACUGGUCACAGCCUUGUCAUUCACAGUGAGAGGAGCUGAAAUGACAUCCCAUAAUUUGGCGAUAAACAGCUCUCUGGGUACUCUUUUGAAUGUCCUUCAAUUCCUUGGAGUCAUCUGCAUCUGGUCCCUCUCGAGCUUCCUUAUGAGGUUUUACCCUUCUUCUGCCAUGAUCGGACUGUGAGGCACGAGUAUAUCAUGUAAACGUGGUUAUCAAUCAUCUCACUUUAUAGGAGCAAUGCUGUGCAUCAUAUUUUCAGGUUGGUUCAUUUGUCUUGCGAGCCCCCCCUCACUUUCUUGUUGGGUGUGGAAGCAUUUCGACUCAUCUAAGACGUAGUCAAAUUUGGUGCAGGAUUUGGGGAAUCAAGAUCCCAACUGCAGGAGAGAUAUCAGUAUGCAUCAAGUUGCUGUGGUCGAUGCUUCUUCAAGCUCAUGUCUGCACCUACUUGAUUUUUGACUCAUGGCCGGAGCACUGGACAUGCUUCAAUAUUUUCAACAUGGCCUUCUAGGUGUAUACUGACCUUUUAUAGCUUUAGCUUCAUGAUCAACAUACGUUCGAGUUGGCUUCGGGUGUUUAGAACACACAGAGACUCCUAAAAUGGGCUUGUUUUGCGACACUUUUCUUUGUGCCUUGUACGCAAUAUAUUAACAGUAGACAGUUCAUAUCUUGAGACCAUUCUCUUUCCCCACAUCCCCUUUUCCAUCCCCAAAUACCCGAUGGCUUGUGCCCUCACAUUAAAUUACAAUGAUCUUUCAACUCUUCUGCUGUAAUCAAUAAUAAAUGGUUUUCUUGUCAA